AUGAUCAAAGCACAAGAAGCUCCACUCAAAGCCCGAUGUAUGUUCACUUCUUUAAUUCCAUGCGAUUCUCAUUUUUUGCUGUCCAGCACUUUCGUCUUUCUUCUUCUUCUUCUUCUUCUUCUUUUCCAUGCUCUCCAACCAUUCACAAAAGAUGGAGCGCAUGGCUACGACAACAUGGAAAGCGAUAUGCACCCCUUCAUGCUGGCAAUGGGUCCCGACAUUCCCCACUUUACCGACCGCAAGCACUUCUACCAGGUUGAUCUCUACCCCUACAUCUGUGCAAUGCUGGGCUUGGACAAGCCGAACAGAAUUGACGGGCAGAUCGACCGUGUCCUGCCUUACUUGAAGAACAAGCCAAGUAGAGAGUACGUCGACCAAUUCCGGCUCUACGCUUCUGGAACACUACCCCACCAAGACCUUUACUGA